AUGUAUCGUGUCACAGCUCGUAAUGCCCCGCGUGUCUGCAGGGCCUCAUGCGGCGCACCCUCACGUAAUCUAUUCACAGCCACGCCAUUCUUCCCUCACCUUGGUGGUUCACCCUUUGGUGCUGUUGGCAACGAUGUCUUUCGCCUGCUAGAGUCCGCGACAGCCGAUCUUGUACCUCAAGCAUCACGGUCAAGAUAUGUAGCUCGAAGCUUCACACCACGUUUCGACGUUAGGGAAGCUGAAGCCAACUAUGAGCUUCAAGGCGAGCUUCCAGGCUACGAACAAAAGGACCUCGACAUCGAAUUCGUCGACGAACGUACUCUAGUCAUCAAAGGAAAGGUCGCCAACGAAGAAGCACACUCCAACGUCUCUGCCGUUGAAGACAGCAAGCAGAAAGCAGUCACGGCAGAAGACGCAACAAGCGACAACGCAUCAGAAAAGUCAGCCAACUAUCACAAACCGUCUGUUGAAGAAGAAUACAUCGAUGCGGGCGCCGAAGCAGAAGCCGCUACCGAGAAAGCACCUACCUCUAGCGACGUAGCUCAGCCGACAGAGACGAAGCGAGCCGACACCGAGCCAGCCUUCAAAUACUGGGUCUCGGAGCGAUCUUCAGGCCAUUUUGAGCGUCGCUUUUCUUUCCCAGGAAGAGUCAAUCAGAACGAGGUCAAGGCCAGUCUUAGCAACGGCAUCCUGAGCAUUGUUGUGCCCAAGAUUGUUGAGAAGGAAGCUAGACGCAUUACCAUUCAAUAG